CCUCUCUCCUAAUAGUUUCCACUCUCGACUCUUCCUUAACAAGUUUUAGGAAACAACACAACCUCCAUUUUUCUAUCUUUCAGUUCACAUCCAAAAACACUCGUCUUCUCUUUCUUUCUCAGGUCCAUGCCCUCCGCUCUUCUAUUUCCACUUUCAAAUUAAAAUCUCUGUUCUUUUCACUUUCCCCUAAUUUUAUACUCUCUCCAAGGCGAAUUCAAUACAAUGCUGGAUUCCAAUUCUCCCUCCAAAACGUUUCUGGGUGUCCGUUUCGUUCUCUUUGGUUUUGAUUCCAUCCACGAACGCCAGGUUCGAGCCAAGCUCCUUAAUGGCGGUGGAGUGGAUGCUGGUCAAUACAGCCAAAGUUGUUCCCACCUGAUUGUGGAUAAAAUUGUUUAUGAUGAUCCUCUAUGUGUUGCAGCAAGAAAUGAUGGGAAGACUCUGGUCACAGCACUAUGGGUUGACCAUAGUUGUGAUAUUGGAAUGGCAGUCGAUGCUACUUCAAUUAUGUAUAGACCUCCUAGAGAUUUGAAUGGAAUUCCGGGUGCCAAACAUUUAAUUAUGUGCUUAACUGGAUACCAGAGACAAGAUCGAGAUGACAUUAUGACCAUGGUUAGCCUGAUGGGUGCACAGUUUUCUAAGCCAUUGGUAGCAAACAAGGUUACUCAUCUCAUAUGCUAUAAAUUUGAAGGUGAGAAGUAUGAGCUUGCCAGUAAACUGAAGAAAAUAAAGCUUGUCAACCAUCGUUGGUUAGAGGACUGCUUAAGGGAUUGGGAGCUUCUUCCAGAAGAUAAUUAUAACAAGAGUGGGUACGAGAUGGAGAUGAUGGAAGCUGAAGCAAAGGAUUCUGAGGAGGAUGUGGAGGACAUCACUGUGAAGCAAUCAAGUCAUCAAAUCACAUAUAAGAGUCCCCAUUUAAAAAUCAGUACUCCCAAGCCUUGUCAACUGCCCAAAUCAACUGGGGAACUGCCAAAAAUGCCACAAAUUUUAAGCGAGCCUGAAGGUCUGCCAAGUGCUGUGAAUAAGGACAUGCUAUUAACUCCUGGCAGGAAGCAUAGAAUUGAUACUGCAGUAGGUAUUGAUAAUACUUGUGUUUCUGAGGUGUUGGCUUGCCAGGUUUCUGGUGCUUCCAAUGAUGCUAUUUCUGUUGGGUUACCUGAUCUACAAGACAGAACUCCAAAGUCUACAAAAGGGUGUAGCGAUUUGGAAUCUAUACCUAGAAGUGCCAAUAAGUCUAAUUCUGAUGCAAGGUUUAUUGCUGUAAGUUAUGUUAGGAAAACACCAAGGAAAUCCCCACAGAAAUCCUCAUCAUCAAUUUUAUCAGGAGAAUUAGAUACUAAAGGCUCUCCUAAAGUACAAUUCAGUGAAUCAAUUUUGUCCGGAGAAUUGGGCAAUGUAAAAGGCUCUCCUAAAUUACAGUUUGGCGAAUCCAUUAAUAUGCCUUCUAGCAAAUUUGAAUUUGCUGAGGAAGCAAGUGUGGCUGGAAGUCCAUUAAUUAGUUGCAACCAAGGAUUGGAACCGGCAUCUUUGGUAGAUGGUCUGUCUAAGUUUAGUAAACACUCUCCCCUGGGUAGCGGCAAACAUGAUAACUCUAUGGAUGAUAUAGUUACUGUCAAUGCUGCACAGGAGUUAAAUGUUGAUGCUUCAUCAGGCAAAUCAUCAAAAUUCAAAAAGAAACCAUUCACAGAAGGUCUUUUGUUCCCUGAGAGCACAGCCCCAGAGCCUGAACAAAAUGAGGGUGUGAAAGAAAAGACCCCACAAACAUCCUUCAUUGGAUUGGGAAAGUCAAGUUUGUUUGACAAAUCUGAUGAUAGAGAUUUUGGGGUUGAAAAAUCUGAUCUUGUGGUUUCAGAUGCUGUGCUGCCACAGCAUCAGCAGCAAGAUAAACAGGUUCCAUCUUCCUUUGAAGGAAAAUCAGAAACAGAGAAAUGUCAGACGAGUGAUAAUUUGGAAGAGCUUCAUGAAGGAAAUAGGAACUUAGUUACCAAGCAAGGCAGGAAGAAGACGAUUGCCAGGAAGACUUUGGGCUCCAGACCGAAAUUGAAUAGUACUGCAAACCAAAAAGGAUCUAUUUAUUCAAAUAUAGUUUCUUUACAAAAUGAUCUCACAAUUGUUCUGCCUGGAGAGAGGACAGAUCAUGAGAAACUGUACAGUGCCAAUGAGCCUGAGACAUCCCCAGACACUUUCAAUGUUUCUGCAAUAAACGAGGCGGAUAAAAAAAAUUGCACGAGGACUGGAGAUAGUUUUGAGAUUGAGACUAAUUUUAUGGAUGAUGAAACUGAGGCUUCAGAGGAUAAGGCAGUUGAUUUGUCACAUAAAGCAGAUAAUGAGAUGGAACUGAAACAAGAGGGGGCUCUGCAUACAACAAAUGAUGCUGCUUCUGGCAUGGAAGAAAGUGGAAAGGAAGAGAAGAUUGCAGCUGAUCAACUUCAGCAGAAAGAUGAAUCAACCUGUAAAGUAAAUGGUUUGAAAGGCAAAGUAAGUAAAGGGAAAAGACAGCCAUCAGGUAAGGCAAGGACCAAGACAAAGACUGUCCCUCCUGUCCCUGAACAAGCAAAAGCUACAGAAGAUUUGCAAGGGAAAGAUAUUUGUAAGGGCAAUGUAGAGGAGAAAGCUAUUGAAAGAAAGAAAACCAAGCCAUGUACGACCAGUAAAACUAAGAGCAGAAAUGUAGAUGGGAAGAAGUCGAAGAGCUCCAUGGAAGUGGAGAAGGAGAACAAACCAAUUGAAGGUGGAGGUCAAGAUAUAAAUCAGCCCAGAGAGCCUCUUGGAAAAACAAUGGUUAAAUCUGAUAAAGUGUCAUUGAAGGUUAAGCAGAAGUCUUGGAAAAACAAUCCUAAUUGCACGCCAGUGAGAGAAGUUUCAAAACAAGUGAAAACUGAACCUGUAUGGUUUAUACUGAGCGGACAUAAGUUACAGAGGAAAGAAUUUCAGCAAGUUAUUAGGCGAUUGAAAGGAAAAGUCUGCAGAGAUUCCCAUCAGUGGUCAUACCAAGCAACACACUUCAUAACGCCAGAUCCAAUUCGUAGGACUGAGAAGUUUUUUGCUGCUGCAGCUUCUGGAAGGUGGAUUCUUAAGACCGAUUAUCUAACUGCUUGUAGUCAAUCAGGAAAAUUCUUGGAUGAGGAACCAUAUGAAUGGCAUAAGAAUGGCCUUAGUGAAGAUGGCGCAAUCAAUUUAGAGGCUCCAAGAAAGUGGCGGCGUUUACGGGAGAAAACAGGUCAUGGUGCAUUCUAUGGCAUGCGUAUUAUCAUUUAUGGAGAAUGCAUCGCCCCGCCUUUGGAUACUCUGAAACGAGUAGUGAAGGCAGGCGAUGGGACCAUAUUAGCAACUUCUCCUCCUUACACUCGAUUCCUAAAAUCUGGGGUUGACUACGCCGUUGUCAGCCCUGGAAUGCCACGCGUUGAUUUAUGGGUGCAAGAAUUUCUACAACAUGAAAUACCGUGCAUUGUUGCUGAUUACUUGGUAGAGUAUGUCUGCAAGCCUGGGUAUUCUCUGGAGAGACACGUACUAUACAAUACCCACGCUUGGGCAGAGAAAUCAUUUGAAAACCUGCUGAGCAGGGCGGAAGAGAUUGUUGAAGAUUUUACACCACCGUCAGAUACUUGUAAUAGUGAUGAUACAGCUUGUCAAGCUUGCGGAUCGCGUGAUAGAGGAGAUGUUAUGCUUAUAUGUGGCGAUGAAAGUGGUUCUAUAGGUUGUGGAAUAGGUAUGCAUAUGGACUGUUUUGACCCUCCUCUUGAAAACAUUCCAGAGGAGGAUUGGUUUUGUCCUAAUUGUAGUGGAGGCAGUAACAGCAAUAGUUCUGCUAAGAGGAGAAGAAAAGGGACUUCUUCGUUAAAUACCAAGUAUUUUUGAUUCCUCGUCACCAUUUUUAUUACAUCACUAGCCUAGUCGCAGACGUUUGGGUGUGGCCAAACAUGUAGAAUUUGUUGUACUUUGUCUUGGUCGAAAGUGGUAGUUUUUGUAAAAAUUGCCUUCUAGAAACUUGUUAGUUUUGGUGUCUCGAACUUCUGUUCAGGCAAUAACGCAAGUACAUCUCUGAAAUAUAAACUCAGGACAGAAAGUGUCUUUCUCUUAUUAAACUAA